AUGGCUCUGGCGCGUCCGAUACGGGGGGCCCGAGGCUUGGACUCCUUCGACACCGUGGCCGGCCAGCCGGCUAAUGGUCAAACGCCAGACAUCAUUGGCGAGGGAAAGCAGAGCGCGAAAUCCAAGGCCGGUGCACCUGCAGACGCCAAUAAUGAUAUGAAUGGCACCCCACAAUCCAAUGGAACAAAUGGUUCCGCGCAAAGUAGGAAACGGUCGCGCGAUGGCUCCGUGAUUCAAUCAACCGACACUUCAGGGACCUUGGCCGUCCGAACACGCGAGACGCCCGUGGAGAAGAUCUUGUUGGAGCAGUAUGUCAAUCGCGAGUUUGAGUAUUCGGCCGCUACUGCGUGGAAAAACCCGAGUCAAGAAUUGCAACAACAGAAGCGAGAAGAGCGGGAUUUUUAUCUGCAAAUACGCCGUGAGAAUCAGGGAAACCCGGCCGCGUUAUAUGGGCUAGGCUACGAAGGAUUUGGCAACCAACGCACCGAUUUGCGGAAUCAACAUCCACAACUACUCUAUCCAUCUAGCCGACGGCGCCCAGGAAACCAAAAGACCCGAGAACUGCGGGUCUCGCGGCGGGAUAUGAAGAUUCAAAAUGAACAGACAGAGGACCUUGUCCCCAUUCGACUCGAUAUCGACUGGGAGAAGAUUAAGAUUAGAGAUACUUUCACGUGGAAUCUUCACGACCGCGUCGUUUCACCCGACCUUUUUGCUGAAAAGUUGGUGGAGGAUCUGGGACUUACACUGGAGAGCUCUACUCCUCUUAUGCGUAUGAUUUCGCAGACCAUUCAGGAGCAGCUGAUGGAUUACUAUCCACAAAUGUUCAUGCACGAUGAACCGCUCGACCCCAGUCUCCCGUAUUCAGCGUACCGGAACGAUGAGAUGCGGAUAUUAAUUAAGCUGAACAUCACUAUCGGGCAACAUACUCUAAUCGACCAGUUUGAGUGGGAUAUUAAUGAUCCCCAAAACUCACCGGAAGAAUUUGCCAUGCGCAUGACGGAUGACCUUUCUCUGUCAGGAGAAUUCACAACCGCCAUCGCCCACUCUAUUCGCGAGCAAUCUCAACUGUUCACCAAGUCUCUCUACAUUGUCGCCCACCCGUUCGAUGGUCGCCCCAUCGAAGAUCCCGAUCUCAGCACCUCUUUCCUCCCAACUCCUGUUUCAUCCGCCUUCCGACCCUUCCAAGCUGCCAAGGAGCACACCCCCUAUCUCUACGAAUUGAACGAGACCGAUCUCGAACGUACCGAGAUCUCUAUAUCCCGAGAACAACGCCGACAAAAGCGAUCCAUCAACCGCCGUGGCGGCCCUGCUCUUCCUGAUCUGAAGGAUCGCCAACGAACAAUUCGUACGCUGAUCGUCUCGUCGGUCAUCCCCAACUCGGCACAGACCUUCGAAGAAAGCAACGUUAUCAAACGCUCUGUUUCUAGCCGUCGUCGUGGAAUAGCCAGUCAGCGCGGAGAGGAUGAAUCAGAUGACUUCGAUAGUGACGACUCAUCUGUCGGGUCUCCAGCAAUCGGUCCCAACCUCGCCCAAGGAACCGCUCGCACACGAGGUAUGAGAGGUGCCGCAACAGCAGCCCAUGCAGCCCUUCGUGCCAGCCUAGGGCAAUCUGCAACACCAGAACCUGUUUUGCAGGAGCCGACCCGAGUGUCUUCUCGACGACAGCAGUACCGCGAAGAGAGUGUGGAAGAGCCCGAAAAGUUGAUUGUGCGACUGAAGAUUCCCCGCAACAAGCUUAUCGACCUGCGAAACGGCAAGAGCAUUGUCAACACCCCCCAAAUGCCCUCCGGAACGAUGGCACCUCCAUCAGACAAGCAACGACUCCACAAUCAGAACGCACCACCACCACAACAACGUCAACCACAAAGUGGAGCUGUCGAUGCCCCGAAUCCGCCCCAGCCUGGGGUCCCCGCUGCUGACCCCGGACAUGUUCAGCCCCCACCACCCGGUUGGCUACAAGAAGGCCUACAAAAGCUCAAACAAGCUCACCCCAAUGACUCGUUUGAAGGAGUGAUGCGCUACUCCGCGGUGGACAUGGAAACUCUCGCCCCCGUCGCCAACCCGAACAACCUCCCAGCCGGCCAAAAAGUCAAAUAUCAGUAUCUUCCCCGAAUUCGCUGCUUAGAUUGUCCUGGAAAGUUGUAUACCCCCGGGCCCAUGACGACCGUCGACAACUUCGAAGUCCACCUUCGCAAUCGACAACACAAAGAGCGUGUGGAGGAGCGUGUACGAUCUGGCGGCGGCGUGCCUAUCAGAACUGACAGUGCUCACAGCGCUAGCGCAAGCCCGGCUCCCGGCGGCGUAACCUCGGCCAGUGCAAGCCCUGCCCUAGGUGCAGUUCCAUCUCCAGCUCCUGGGUCUCAGCCUUAG